ACAGCGCGGGGCCCGGAGAUGGCGGCGGGCGGCGGAGCGGAGGACGGGAGCUCCGCGUUCUGCUUUUCUCCCGCAGAACGGGAGGACGGGCCCGGCCCGGUGCGGAGCUCGUACCUGGCGGCGUGCCGGGCAUGCGGCGUCCGCCCGGCCUCCUGCCUGCUGCCCGGCCCGCGCGGCCCUGCGCUCCUCCUGCGGCACCGAGGGUUGGGCACUCGGGGUGCCAAGGCAUUGGCUCUUUCCUUGAUGGCCAAUACCUCUGUUGUCUCAUUAGACCUGGCUGACAAUUGGCUGCUGGGAGAAGGGGCAGCUGCAAUUGCAGAAAUGCUGAAAGAAAACGGCUACAUUUCAGCUGUUGAUUUAUCUGACAACAGAAUGGGCACUGAAGGAGCUAAAGCCUUUUCUGCCAUGCUUCUAGAAAAUACUACAGUGGUGGCCCUCCAGCUCUCAGGAAAUGAAUUUGAUGACCAAGCAGCAAAGUACUUAGCAGAUGCCAUCACAGCAAACAGCAAAGUGGAAAUUCUGGAUCUGAGCUAUAACAAGUUCGGUGACAAAGCAGGUGAAGUUCUUGGAGUGGCAAUAGCAGAAAACAUUGGAUUAAAGGAACUGAAAAUGGGCUGGAACCAUUUCCACAGUGAAGGGGCAGUUGCUUUGGCCAAAGGCGUGGGGGCAAACGUAUUCCUGAAGGUGCUGGAUGUUUCCUACAAUGGCUUUGGCAACAGUGGAGCAGCUGCCUUGGGGGAGGCUCUCCGAGCCAACAACGUGCUGGAAGAGCUCAACGUAAGCAAUAAUCGUAUUUCGGUGGAAGGAGCACUGCGACUUGCAGAUGGCCUGAAGGAAAACAAGACUCUGAGGAUCCUUCAGAUGAUGAGAAAUCCCAUGCAGAAUGAAGGAUGCUGUGGGAUCCUCAAAGCUCUACGGGCAAAUUCUGGCACUGGCAUGGAGGUCCUGGACCUGCCCGACGUUCCUGUGAGCAAGGAGCUGGCAGAGCUGCGUGAGGCUGUGAAAGCACUUCUCCCAAAUCUUCUUCUCCGACAUGGUGGGAACACAAAACAGCAGAGGAAAAGUCUGUCAGCGGUUGAGCCUUGGCCUCAGCCCAAAGCAUUGGGUAAUUCCUGUAAUGCAGUGGCUUAAUGUGAGUCUCUUUGGGGCUGCUGCUUCUGCCUAAUGUCCCAGUACUGCUGAGCAAGCCAGGGACACAGGGACACCCCAGGGCAGGAAGCAGGAGCUGUGGAAAUGUUGGUUGCUUCACCAUUGCCGUCACUUGGCAGUUUUCCUGUCUGCUCACUUCUAAGGUUUCUGCUCUGCCCGUUUCUGCGUCUCUUCCAGCACAUGCAAGAGCUUCCUUCCCCAUGGAUGAUGGCUCCUGAGCUGUGCCGUGAACAGAUGCUCGCUUUCUUAGGCUGUCCUGCAAACAGCCAGGCUUGCCUUUGCUGGACUGGCUGUCAGAUGCAGCAGUGACUCAUUCUCAGCUGCUUCCUUCCCCAGCUCCUUGGCCUUGUGAGGAGCUCAUGCUCCCCAGGGUGAAGACCCCAUCUUAGGUCACGACUGGUGUUAUUUCCUGGAUGCACACUCUUUCUUUUCUGAGUUUCACAUAGGAUGGAUGCUGCAAGCUGCCUGGAACCAGGGCAGGCACUCAGCAGUGAUUCAGCACUGACAGCAGCACGUGGCUUUAACCCUUUCCCCCUCCUUGCAAUGUGUCUGCCAUCACCCAGCAGCUCCCUGCAUACAGCCCAGGGGAUCCUCUCUCCAUGCAAUUAUGUUUUGCCUAAAGGAAACCGUCCUAUAGAUGUCCAAAUAAUAAAUCUCAUCUUUGCCUACGA